AUGGGGACCCAAAGCUCCUUAAAUCGUUCUCCUCGCAACAAACCACAGGAAGCGUUGUUUCUUCGAAACAGCACCCCUGAAGUGGGAGUCCUAUCAUUUUAUGAUGUUUGGAAUCGCAGCUCCUGCCAGCCCAUGGAAAAACUGGUUUAUAUUGUGUCCGAGUACCCCAGUGAGGUGGAGCACAUGUUCAGUCCUUCCUGCGUCGCCCUGCACCGCUGCAGUGGAUGCUGUGGAGAUGAGACCCUUCAGUGUGUCCCAACAGAGAUGACCAAUGUCACCAUGCAACUCCUAAGGAUGACAUCAGGGGAGCAGGCAUCCUAUGUGGAGAUGUCAUUUGCUGAACACAGGAAAUGUGUGUGCAGGCUUCGCCAAGAGGUUCCAAAGCCAGGGAAGAGGAGGAGGCCCAAGGGAAGAGGAAGAGGAAUCAAGAUGAAGCGAGCGAGACACAGACUGAAAGACUGAUCUCUAUCAAAGAGGGCGAUGAUGAUGCACUUCUGUGGCCCUUCAGGAUUCCCACGACCCAAGAGAUUUUGCUUGGUUGCCGGCCUCUCCAAUUAAUCAGGGCAAGGGUGA